CAAAACUUCUCUAAUUUCUCUAUACCCAUCUUGGGGUGUUGGAACUUUACUUUCUUUUUCCUUUUUUUUCCCUCACCCCCAAAACUCUUUUCUCUUCCUCAUUGGACGAAGAUAAUUAAACACAAACUUCGUCUAGGAAAAGAAAAGACCAAUAAUUUUCAACCCUUUUUCUUACCAUCUCAAAAAACCCAAAAAACAAAAAAAACAAAAAAUCCAAAAAACAAAAAAAAAAAAACAAAAACAAAAAACAAAAAACAACCACCCCCUGAAAACCCAUUUUGAAGAUUUGAGUGUACAAACAAAAAAUCAGACAAAAUGAACGACUUAUUCUCGAAUUCGUUCAAAAAGUACACGGAUCUGAAGCAACAGGCGUAUCUGGACAGCAUGGAGGCUGGAAAUGAGAGUGUAAAUUUGGACAGAUUCUUUGAAGAUGUAGAAAAUGUUAAAGAUGACAUGAAACAGGUGGAGAGUUUGUACAAGAAAUUGCAGCAGGCUAAUGAGGAGUGCAAGAUUGUGCAUAAUGCCAAGACAAUGAAGGAGCUGAGGGGGAGGAUGGAGGCCGAUGUCACCCAAGUUCUCAAGCGAGUCAAAAUGAUCAAAGGAAAGCUCGAAGCUCUCGAACGUUCCAAUGCCGCUCACCGCAGCCUCCCCGGCUGCGGCCCUGGCUCCUCCGCUGACCGGACUCGAACGUCCGUCGUCAGCGGUUUGGGAAAGAAGCUCAAAGAUGUUAUGGAUGAUUUUCAAGGCCUUAGAGCUCGAAUGAACGCCGAGUACAAAGAAACCGUCGAGCGAAGGUACUUCACAGUGACUGGGCAGAAAGCAAACGAAGAGACAAUAGAGAAUUUGAUAUCAAGUGGGGAAAGUGAGAGCUUCCUGCAGAAGGCGAUUCAAGAACAGGGGAGGGGUCAGAUAAUGGACACAAUUUCAGAGAUUCAAGAACGACAUGACGCUGUGAAGGAAAUAGAGAAGAAUUUGAUAGAGCUGCAUCAGAUAUUCUUGGACAUGGCAGCUUUGGUUGAGGCGCAAGGCCACCAACUGAACGACAUCGAAAGCCAUGUCGCACAUGCUAACUCCUUCGUUAGAAGAGGAACAGAGCAACUGCAAGAAGCCAGAGAGUAUCAAAAGAGCUCGAGGAAGUGGACUUGCUAUGCCAUAAUUUUGGUGAUUGUUCUCAUUGUCGUUCUUCUCUUCCCAUUCUUAACUUCAAUUUUACCUCAUUUGUUGUAGAAAGGUUAUUCAUUUGCUUCUGAUUUUCCACUGCCACUCACCCAAAAAAAAGCAAUACCCCCUCCAAAAGAGAACAGAGUACAGAGUACAGAGUAGAGAGGCAGAGGAUUAUUAGAACCAAGAAAUUUGUUUGCUUCAUUUUCUGUCAUUCAAUGUGGCGUUUUCUGAGGAUGUGUUGGUUGGUACAUAGUUGUAAAUGUGUUUAUAGAGAGAAUUUGCUUUCAUUUGGAUUAUCC